AUUAAGCCAAGAGUAUCUUUCAAUGACAGAUGAUGGGAAAUUAGUGCACAUUAAAGAUGCUGGAUUGGAUGUUGACUCUGAACAUAUCGACAAAUCAUCCGUUGAACCAAUUCAACCAGCUAAAUCUACAAGUGUAGAUGAUCCUGGACUGGGUCAAGGUUCUUCAGAAUUGAAAGAUGAGGAGGACAGUGCCGAUAUUCUACUGAGUGUCCUCGCAAGAGCUCAAAGGGCAAGACCGCCUGUCCUGCAGAAGAUCACCGCACUGGAGCCAAAGCAGGAGAUUAGAGAUGAUACGCUUCCCACAAUAGUCAUUAUACCAUCUGAAUCUCCAGAUCCAACAGAGUUGAAAGGAAGUAAACAUGGGGUGUCCGUUCUAGAGGCUUUACUUGAGGCUUCCACAUGUAAAACGCCUUCCUACACUGCAGAUGCUUGGAAGGACGAAGGAGUCGAUUCAGAUGACGAUGAUGAUGAAACUUCACUGUCCAGCUAUGGGUCAGAUCUCUCUAGCAGAAAAGGCUAUUCAGCUAGCGCAUUGUCUCUUACUGAUCGCACCAGUAGUUUGCUGAGCGUGUACAGCGAUGCGGGGGAUUUUGGGAAUGUUGAGGUGCAGGGCUCUGUGGAGUUUGCAGUGAUGUACAGCCCUGUUGGAGAGCUGAUCAUUAUGAUUGAACAGUGUCAGGAUCUGGCUUUUGCUAAUCCUCGUAAACAACGCACGGACCCUUAUGUGAAGACUUACCUCUAUCCAGAUAAGUCUCGCCGCAGCAAAAGGAAAACUUCUAUUAAGAAACGGACCGUGAAUCCAGUUUAUGUGGAAUCUCUGAGAUACAAAGUGAAGCGCGAAGAGCUUCCGGAAAAGACUCUAAAUCUGUCCGUGUGGCACAAUGACUCCAGGGGCCGAAAUGUGUUCCUGGGGCAGGUUGAGAUUAGUCUUAAGACCUGGGACUGGGGACAUGAAGCCCUCACCUGGUACAACCUACAGUCAACGACUGCAGAGAAUCAAGAAUCGCAAGAGUCUAAUGGAUUUUUGUCAGUUUCACUAAAAUAUGUUCCUCAGGAGUCCACCGGUGGGUCGAAGAACUGCACUGGGGAGAUUCAUGUCUGGCUGCGGGAGGCAAAAGAAUUACGUGGGCUUAAGCCUCAGGGAGUGGAUUCUUUUGUUAAGUGCUACAUUUUACCGGACACCAGAAAGAAAAGCCGUCAGAAGACCCGUGUUGUAAAAAAGAGCCAGGACCCUGUGUAUAACCAUGCCAUGGUGUAUGACGGGUUCAAAGCUGGGGAAGUCAGUGAGGCCUGCUGCGAAUUGACCGUUUGGGAUCACAACAAACUCUCUAAUCAGUUUCUCGGAGGUCUGCGCCUCAGUCUUGGAACAGGGAAGAGCUAUGGCAAGAAAGUUGAUUGGAUGGAUUCACUGAAUGAAGAAGUUCAAAUAUGGAAAAGAAUGUUGGCCAAUCCAAACUGCUGGGUUGAGGGAGAGCUUCCCCUGAGGUCCUCCAUGACCCCGAGGAAAUGAACCUCCUGAUCUUGAAUGUUUAGUUGCGAGAGAAAAACAAUUCUUGGUUCCCAAAA